AGUCUGAAAAAAGAAACCGCUUUUAGUUUUCAAUAUCACUGCCAGAAGUACGGCCAGAAGCAUGCUUCAGAUAGCUACAUCGGAUUUUGUCUUGGGUGGUGUGGCUGCCAUGGGUGCAGUGGUUAUCACGAAUCCGCUUGAGGUCAUCAAAACCCGUAUACAACUGCAGGGAGAGCUCACCGCCCGAGGAUCCUAUGUGAAACCGUAUAAAGGAGUCCUUCAGGCGUUUACCACCGUUAUCAAAAAUGAGGGUAUAUUAAGCUUGGAAAAAGGACUAUCACCAGCGUUAUGCUUUCAGUUUAUCAUUAAUUCUUUUCGAUUAAGCAUCUACACUCAUGCUGUGGAAAAGCGUUGGGUCCAUGAUAAGAAUGGCAAUAUCUCUUAUGGACGGGGCUUGGUUUGGGGAGCAAUUGGUGGCGUUGUCGGCUCCUAUUGCUCUAGUCCAUUUUUCAUGAUUAAAACGCAGCUGCAAUCUCAGGCGGCUAAGGAAAUAGCCGUUGGCUAUCAACAUCCGCACACUUCCAUGCGAAAUGCGUUUAGCCGGAUUUACCAAGAGAAUGGCAUCUUUGGUCUAUGGAGGGGUUCCAUGGCUUCAGUAUGGCGGGCAACUGUGGCAUCAUCUGUUCAAAUAGCUACUUUUGGAAAGGCCAAAGCUUUGCUUUCUGAAAAUAAUUUGGUUACCCAGCCCACUUGUUUGUCUUUCUGUUCUGGACUGGCGGCGGGCUCAUGUGUUUCGGUGGCCAUUACCCCAUUGGAUGUAAUCACAACCCGUUUAUAUAAUCAAGGAGUUGAUGUUCAUGGACGAGGUCUCUUUUACAAAGGCUGGAUGGAUUGCUUUUUUAAGAUCCUGAAAUCCGAAGGUGUUUAUGGGAUGUAUAAGGGCUUUUGGGCAAUUUAUUUGCGAAGUGCACCCUACUCUACAUUGGUUUUGUUGUUCUUUGAUGAGCUUGUUGCUCUGCGAGACAAAUAUGCCUCACAAUAAUUUGGGAUCUUAUAAAAACAUAUGAAUAAUAAACGAAUCUAGUAAA